GCCCCACUGCAGAAAUCAGGAGGAGGAGGGAAAAAAAAAAAAGAGAGAGAGAGAGAGAGACAAGGCCUGAAUUCAAAAUACCGGUACCCUCUUAUUGCGACGACGAAACGCAAAGACGAGGCUAUCCGACGACUAACGACUAUCUCGCCCUAACCACCAUUUGGACUUUGCCUGGAGUUAAAGUCCCUUCCUUCCACUUCUCCGUUUGCAACCCGACUUGUAACCCGACUUCUGGUGAAGUCCCGUCGCUGAAUCGUUCAUUACCUACGCAUUGCCCCUACUGCCCUCUCCCCCUCUCCCCCUGCCCCCUGUGACAAACAUUCCUUGUCUGGUGUAGCAGGUCCCGUUGCUGCGACACGAUCCCCCGAGAGCGCGCCUCCCACGAUAUCUGACGACGCACCCACCGACGAACACCUUGAGGGCAAGGCUGCGAAGCCAUCCAUCAAAGCUGCAUUAUAUCUAUAUCCAUAUAUAUAUAUAUAUAUAUUGGUCCUAUUUGGCAGUCGCUAUCUUCUGGACAUCGUCUCCUUCCUUCCCCCACCUUGAUCAACGUCAGGCGCCUCCAAGAAAGAAGGUGCCCCUCCCCCUCAUCCUCUCGCUGCCUCGCCAAUCCGACCGAGAGAAAUUCGCCUGGCAUUUCUUCCGUCCAUUCAUCCAUCUGCCAACCCGCCGGUCCGCCUCUCGCACAAUCAGUGACUUGUCUUUGUCAAUCCUGACGCCCGCCCUACAUUCACGCACCACCCAACAUGUCUGAGCAAGUCGAUCUCACCACAAUCCCGAUUUCGCCCAAUGGCGACAAGCCCGAUGCUGCCUCGUCAGCAGAGGAUGGCAACAUCGUGACUGUCUUCCACGACAAGGACAACUUCAACGUGAAGCACCCUCUUCAGAACAAAUGGACUCUUUGGUUUACCAAACCAUCGAGCGGCAAGGGCGACAAUUGGAAUGACCUGCUCAAGGAAGUCAUCACUUUUGACACUGUCGAGGAGUUCUGGGGCAUUUACAACAACAUUGCGCCCGUUUCCGACCUAGCCAUGAAGUCCGACUACCAUCUCUUCAAACAGGGUGUGCGACCCGAGUGGGAAGACCCCCAAAACAAGCAUGGUGGCAAGUGGUCCUAUCAGUUCAAGGACAAGCGCAGCAUUGACAUCAAUGAGCUGUGGCUAGCGACCAUGCUGGCCGCUAUCGGCGAGACUCUUGAGGACGAAGACGAUGGUGAGGUCAUGGGUGUCGUUGUCAACGUUCGAAAGGCCUUCUUCCGUAUCGGUGUCUGGACACGCACCAUUGGCAAGAGUAUCCCUAAUCGCGGCGAUGGCGAUGUUUCCGGUGGCAAAGGACGAUCCCCCGAAAAGGGUCAGAAGAUCCUCCUCGCCAUCGGCAAGCGCUUUAAGGAGACCCUAAAGCUUCCGGCCAACGAAAACAUUGAAUUCUCAGGCCACACUGACGCAGCUCAUUCCGGCAGUACUCGUGCUCGCGCCAAGUUCGUUGUCUAGACUUAGGCUCAUGGUAUCAGAGCUGGCUCAUGGCGCAGAUAUUACCAGGAUUGCUUGGCAGGGGCUUUCUGAUCAGCCAAAUAUCUCGAUAAGGCAUCGUCCAUGUUGGCUGAAAACUAUUCGCUUGUUGUGUUGACAGGGGAGAAAAAGGUGAAUGGUAUCUAUAUCCGGAAUGUGAUACCAACAUGACACCUUCGUUGACUUUCCAUACUACUGUACCACAUCGUAGCCCAAAAUUGGCACGUGGUUUUGCACUAUUCUAUUGAUGCAACGCGGAGUAGGAGGUUUAAUUUGGGACACGACAGCAGCCCAUAUUUCAUAAUGAAAAGAACAAUGAUAAAAAAGACAUAUUUGCAUCA